CGCACGUAGUCUCGAAAGCGCGGGUAUCAUUGAAAUAUGUGACAGUAAAACUUCGAUCUCGAAACCGGUAAAACAGGAAAGAGCAUUUUCAGAAGACGCGUCUCCCUUUAAAAUGUUGCCAGAACGUCAUCAAAUAUUGUAGUGUAGAAAUUAAGAUCACGAGUGGGAGACGAGGUAACUCCGCGCGCAGCCGAGUGUAACAGAAGAAGUGAAAUUCGAAGGAAAGAAAAAAAAGGAACUUAGGCGCCGCGUGUCAAUGCGCGUCCCAGCACGGCUUCGUCCGCCAGGUGGAAUUUGAGGUCAGCGAGCUGAGAGUGAGGAUCGAACGGGAAUCGUCUUUCGACCGCCAAUUGUUGAAGCGCCCGGAUUGCCGGCCGCAAAAGCGCGCGAGAGUGAGAGAGAAGUGAUCGACAAGACCGGUCGCUGGAGUUCGGGGUGCACAUGCUGAAGAGACGAGGACCAGUGUGUGCGAAGAUACGCGCGUCGCUAUGAGACCGUGGACGAACAAGACGCUCGGCCUGGGCAUUCUCGGACUCUUCCUCGUGGCUCUCGGCAAGUCCCUCUGCUUCAUAUGGCCGAUGCUCUUUCAACACAUCAUUCAAAAAGGACUGGCCUUAACAUCGACUUCAAGGAGCUUCGAGGUAUGGAAGGACACGAGCAAUUUCCCACCGAUAUUUUUGAAGAUAUACAUGUUUAAUUGGACCAAUCCGGAGGAAUUUCGCGAGCGUGGGAAGAAGCCUGUAUUCAAACAGGUUGGCCCUUACGUUUUCAGAGAAGUGAGACAGAAAGACAAUAUUACGUUUCAUCACGAGAACAAAACCGUGAGCUACUUGCAACGACGAUUCUGGUACUUCGAUGAUGAGCUGAGCAACGGGAGCCUCAGCGACGUUAUCACCAAUUUGGACGUUGUCACUGUGUCAGCGGCGCACGCGGUUCGGUACUGGGAAGUCAAUCUGCAACAAACUCUGUCUUUCCUUUUGACUUCCACCUCCCGGAAAAUUUAUAUCAGUAAAACGGUGGACGAGUUACUAUUCUCAGGUUACCCCGACGUUCUGUUCACCAUGAGCAAAGGGUUAAUAGAAGAUAUGCCGCCUUACAGUCGCUUCGGCUGGUUCUACUUAAGAAAUGGUACAUCUGACUUGGACGGGCAUUUCAACAUGGAAACAGGCGAAGAUGACAUUAGUCAAUUGGGGAUCCUAAGGAAAUGGAAUUACAAGGACACAAUGAAGUUUUACAAAAGUCCUUGCAACAUCAUCGAGGGCAGUGCCGGCGAGUUCUGGCCGCCAGGCAGAACGAAGGACGACAUCACUUUGUUCAGCGUGGAAUUAUGCCGUCCGAUAACCUACGAAUACGAGGGAACGAUUUCGCACUACGGCAUAGAUGGUUAUCGUUACACCAUCGACAAGAAGACUCUGGGCAACUCCACGAGACGACGGUAUCCGCACGAGAAGAUGAUGUUCCUCGAGCCGACCACGACCACCGAGGACUUCUUCUCGGCCGAUCAUUCGGGCGAGAUCACAGGCUCGACCGAGCCCACGUUGUUGUUCAAUCGCUCGUCCAAGAACACGGCGGACGAUUACUCCGACGAGGAUCCGGACGUCGUCAACAUGGGUCGCUGCUACUGCAACGGCGAGUGCACGCCGUCGGGUCUGAUAAACGUUACCGCGUGUCGCUUCGGCGCGCCGGUGUUUAUCAGCUUACCUCAUUUUUACAAGACUGAUCCCAGCGUUCUCGAGACGGUCGUGGGACUGAAUCCGAACGAGCGGGAGCACAGCUUCUCUAUCACUCUAGAACCCACCACGGGAAUUCCCUUGGAAGUCUCAGCCAGACUCCAGAUUAAUGUUCUCGCACAGUCGUCGAAGUUGGUGAAACUUUACAAGGACGUGCCCAAAACCUACUUCCCUAUGUUUUGGUUCAGCUUACAAGUACAAGUUACCGAGGAUAUGGCGUACAAUUUAAAAACGUUAUUAGCGCUUCCAGUCGUGAUGCUGUGUACCGGCGUGAUUUUGGCGGUUGUCGGAUUGUGUUUAAUUGGCCUUGUAGCGCUUUUGUACCUGAAGAAGAAACAACACGCACCGACAACAGAUGGCGCCACGGAGAAGACAGUUGACGAUCCGUCCGACAAGAAAACGGAAAUGGUGUACAUGGACAAAGUGAGCGGCACUGAGGACGCUAACGUUAGAAGUGAUCGUUGUUUGUACGCGAAACUUUAUUAGACUUUAUUUUUUUUGGUAAAUUUAGUUUUGGGAUAAUAUUUGCAAAGUGUUACGGGAAACGAGCGUUUCCGAAUUUUAAUUGUAAAUUUUUAUGUGCCUAAGCCAUUAAUUUGUAACAAUUUAAAGGCACUGUCUUAAAAUAAUUAUAGUUAUUGUUUUUUGAUAAAGACGGACAUGUUAGUAACAAAUAAAUUUUACUAACAUGUCUGGCGUUUAACGUCGUGCGACAUCAAUUGAAGCGGAUCUGCUUCGAAUUAUCGACAUACAAAACAAGUCAUCGAAAGUUACAAAAUAGCAAAAGAAAUAAGAAUUGCAAAUAAGUGUAAAAAGAUAUAAUUACAAUUACGAGUUAGUUACGAUUACGAGUUUGAUAUUAUGUACAUAUGCAAAAUGAAAUGGAAAUUGUGUGUUCAGGAUCGAUUUAAAUUGCAAACGAUAUUACACUUUGAAUUUCACGUAUUUGCGGCAUUGGCCCGAUGAUAUAACAAAUUCUUCGAAUAUGCAAACGUGUGAAAGCGACUUUUUCUUAUCGCGAACUAACGCUUUUUACCGGGAAUGUAAUUUCUUGUAUUCAAUAACAAAAACAGUGUUAAAAAAAAAACAUGUAAAUAAAUGGAUGAAUGUACAGAAUAAUUCUCGCAAGCAGAAAUGUGCUGAUAAAUUUCUUUUUUUUCCUUUUUUUUGUUAUUCAACUUGUUUUAUCUCGAGAGUUUAUUCGCUCUGACGGAGUCAUUGUUACAUUCCAGCGUGACGUACAAUACACAAAUAUUACGUUGAGAGAUCGGGUUUUGAAACAUGACAACUUGGUGUGUUAAGACUGACGAAAUCAAUUAUUGUUAUAAAAAAGCUUUAAUUCUUUUUUAUUUAUUUUUUUUUUUAAUCUUUUGAUUUGACUUAAUCGAUUACUCGUAAAAGCUCGAUGCACACGAUUACGUAAUCGAGAGAAUUAAAUUUGACGCGUCAAAUCGGAGACUGUGUUCGGCCGUUGAACUAAUUUCACGUGGCGCUCAGUCGCCAACGUUGUCGCGACAUUAUUUGAGAAAAAAAAAACUAAAUUUAUGCCCAACUUUAUAUUCAACGCCCACAAUCAAAGCUUUACGCAGACGACGGGAAGCACACAAGAGAACUUGUACGAAAAACAUCAAUAAUAAAACCGAAUUUAUUUGUUGUUCGUAAAACACAUAAUAACUAAAUACAAUACAAAUGUUACCUCUGUCAAAUGUUACCGAGUCGAUUAGAUACUAUUGAGGCGCAUGAGUUCUACACACACACACACACUCAACGAAUUCAGUCAAUAUUCGGAUAUAACGCUAAUUAAUAAGAAAUAAAUCAUAUAUGAGAGGUGAUUAAUAAUAAAAAAUUAAUUAUGUAUGAAAACAAAUGAUAAAACAAUGUAUAAUACACAAACACACACAUACACACAAAGAACGUAAUAUAAGUGCUGCUAUUCUUGUAUAACAGAGUAUCUGCGACGUGCCUUUUUUUAAUAUAAAAUAAUUGUUACGUAAGUUUCUCAGUGUUCUCUGGUGUUUAGAUUUAGGUUAGAUAGCGGCGCAUUCGGGAUAUAAAUGUUAUGGGAAUCUUGACGAACGCGACAAUUGUGCAGCAAAUGUGUGUGUAAAACCAUCUUCUCGCGCAUCUAUGGAAAAACUCUAUCGCACGUUUCUCAGCGAUUACUCUGAUAUGUUACCGUAUUUUGUUUGUUUUUUUUUUCUUAUUGUGCAGCACAAACGCGCUGCGCAGAGUCGAACAAUCGUGCCAAUUUGUUUUGUUACAACAAGACAUUAAAGUCAUAUAUAUGAUAAAAUUUGUGAUCAUUUAAUAAUGACUUAAGGCUCUUUGAAAUUUGUGAUAUAUUUGAAGAAAGAGAUAAAGGGAGAAUGAAGUUAUUUUGUACACUUGUAUUUGGUACAAAACCAAAAGCCAUUUCAGUGCCAAUAACGCGUUAUAUAGGCUAAGCCAUGUCCAAACAAAGAACAAUGUAUCCGUGAUACUCCAGUUGUUAUUAAGUUUAGCGUGACUUUGCAUAAAGUGCAAUCAAAAUAUAUAGACACACGUAUUGUGCUUUUUAUGCCCAACCACAUCUGUUAUGUUGCCCGUGGAUCGACGGGUAAUUUUGUAUUUUAUUUAAAAAAAAAAAAAAAA